UCCAUUGUCUCGGAUUUCUGGAAGAACCGUCUUCGAUGGCAAUAUUUUCGAAUUAACCAACUUAUCGACCAUCGAAUGACUCAAUCCAUUCAACCUUAUCGCCAGCGUUAUAUCGUUAACAAUAACAAGAAGCCCCCCUGGCCUCAGUCUAUAAGUACCGGCCAGGCACACGAACCGCCAGCAGUUCACCUGUCAAUUUCCGCACGUCAAGAUGAGACCGGGAGGUAGGAAAGUGCCAUCCAUAGUGGUGAUCCAGGAGCGACACGUACGUCACGGGGAAAAUUUCAAGAUCUUCAAGGUGUCCUGCAAGAGCAGAAGGGAGUACAUCAGCAAGUUCAUGUCCUCGAGGAGGGUGACCUACCGUUGCAAGUCCAGGAAGGUCAGGAUGGGUUGCAUGCUGAAGGAGACCACAUACAAGGGAAGCCCGUUGGCCAUCUCCAGACUCCUGCUCCUGGAAGGUUUGGACAAGGUCUUCCCGACCUUCGAAGAUUUGAAAUCGACGAAUGACAACGCCAAAUCUUCUCCGUCAUUGUCCUUCUUCAACUUAUCGGAUAAGAGGUCGGAUUUGGGAGGUUCUUCUGCGCAGUUGCACUAUUCGUUGAAGGGUCUGGUUGGACCUCCACCGUCUUCAGCGCAGCAGAUGUUGGACCUCACCAUCGAGAAGAAGUGUUCUCCUGAAAGCUUGCCAGAUUUUAACUUGAUCUUCGGCUCAGACACUAACGAUGCUGAAGAUUUCGAUUCCGAUGAUGACGAUCAUGAGAAGAUGGCCGUUGAGGUUGUGAUCGACUCCGCUCCGGCGUCCAGUCAACAAACUGAUUUCACAGAAGAGAUCCACGACCACCACAACAGCAGCAACAUAAUAGUCUCCUUGGCGAGGAUGGAGAAAGACCUCAAGCAGAUCGUAAACGCCUUCGAGGCAUCCCGGAGCAGAAUCCUACCAGACCUCCCCAACGACGAACAGCUGGUAGAUAUGGCCCCCAAUGGCCACAUGCCCAAGAACCAGGACCCCAAACCAUCCCUUAGCGUACCGCCGAUCCCCCUUGCCAUGAAGAGGAGUCUGGCAGGACAGCAGAGUUUGCGUUGCUUCGGCGACAUCUUGCAACCAAGCAUCCCUCCGAUACAGCCGGGGAACAAUCCGUCGAUGAACCGUCCUCAUCUUCAGGCACCCUCAGGUAGUAGUCCGCACAUCUUCAACAUCAACAGGAAUCUUGGGGGUGGAGGUGGUCAGCUGCCCUUCAGGAACCUCAGCUCUUCCAGGGCGCUUUGCGGUAUCGUAGAGCCGAGCGGCAGUAUCCCUUUCUUCAGAGUGCCUGGCGGUUGCUUCAUGGUCAUACACGCGACGAAUCAAACUACGCCGUUUCUUCAUGCGACGUUCGUCACUGGAUGUACAAAUUCUCUGCAAUUCCAACAAACUCAGCUUCCAGUAUACGGCUCCCAUCAGGUCGUGGCCAUCCACCUGGGCCCUUAUCGUCUGAACAAGGAAGAAAUACACGGGGUGUUCGCAUUCGCUUGCGGGACCAAGGUUUAUGCUCCUUGCACAGCGGGACGUUACAAAUGAUGAUUUGUCUAGUUCGUCGUUUCGUACAAAGAAGUAGCAUAACCUGUAGCUAUUUCCAACCAGCUUGGAUACAAUCCUCGUUAUAUUUUAGAUGCUAAACAGAUCAUUUCGAACAAAAAAAAACGUCGAGUAGGCUGGGGAAUUUCGAAGAUGUUCUAUGCGCUUAAACGUACCGCCUUAUUGACAUAAUAUCGAUGGCAUUGAAGUUAUACAAUCUGAGAUAUAGAAGUACAUAAUUUUCCAGAAAAACGUAUAUAAAAAAAUAACUAACCUCGUCAUUCCAUAGCCUACUUGAUGCAUAAAUGUUUCGAACGCUCGUUAUAUUGUGUUGAUUUGUUCAUAUUAAAAAUAUUUUAGUUUUCAUAGCGAUAGAGAAUAUUAUUUUAUAA